AUGACAAGUGUGAUCCUCGAUCUUAUUGCAACUAAAACUAAAACUCCUAAGAAUAUGACGAAGUGUGACGGGGUUGGGAUGACCCAAGUGAGCGUGCCAGAGAUUGACGCCAGCGGAGAGAGCAACCGGAAGUGUGGAACCGUCGCCGACAAUGAUGCGGUGGUCGGUGGAGACAGGAGUGAAGGAGGCAAGGUUACCAGGAUGAGCAAACAUGAGUCGACGUAUAGUGGCCUGAUCAGCUUGAGUGCUAGGCAUCGCAGAAUGGAGCAGGCAGUGGGGCUCUAUGAGGAGAUGAGAGCCCAUGGAAUUGUCCCCAGCAACGACACAUGUGCAUCCCUCCUGGCACUCUAUGACAAGAGUGAGGACUACUCGAAGGCGCUCUCGCGCUUCUCGGAGAUGGAGCGGAGCAGGGUUGUCAUUGAUGGGGUCAUCUAUGGGAUCCUCAUUAGGAUCUAUGGUAAGAUCUGGCUCUACGACGAUGCGCAGCGCACCUUCGAGGAAAUCGACAAUAUGUGUUUUUUGAGUGUUGAGCAGACUUAUGUGGCAAUGGCUCAGGUUCACAUGAAUGCUGGCAACUAUGGUAAGGCAUUGCAAGUUUUUGGAUUGAUGAGGUCGAGGAAUGUGAAGCCGUUGCCGUUCUCUUACGGCGCUCUUCUUCGAUGCCAUGUCGCGAGGGAAGACAUAGCUGCAGCUGAAGAUGCCUUCAGAGCUCUGUGCAAAUAUGGCCUCCCUGAUGUGUUCUGCUGCAACGACUUGCUGAGAUUAUAUGUCAAGCUGGGCCAGCUAGAGAAGGCAAGUGCAUUCAUUCGUAAGAUGAGAAAAGAAGAUAUCCUGCUUGAUGAGGCCCUCUGCAUGACUGUAAUGAAAGUUUCCUGCAAAAGCGGGAUGAUCGCCGAUGUGGAUAAGAUACUGAAAGAGAUGGAAAAUGAAGGGGUGACCAUGAAGAAUUCGACAAUCGUUUCUAUGAUAGAGAUGUAUGCUAGAAGCAGAACCAGUGUGAUGCAGGAACAAGAUAGUUCGUCGAAGGCACUAGGUUGUCAGACUGACCAUUCAACGUUGGACACGACCUUCAGAUCCUUGUUGCACACACCUCUGGGUUCAUCCAUCGCGUGCCAAUUGAUCAGAAAAUUUUCUAGGGAAGGGAGUACAUGUGAGGCAAAAUUCCUUCAUGAACAGCUGACUGAAUUGGUAGUGGAGCCUGAAGAUUCUGCAACAGCUACUCUGAUGGUCCAAUAUGGCCAGGAACAGAAGUUACAGCAAGCCGUGGAACUGUUUGAGUCGGCAUCGACAUUGUUUCCAGUAGGAGGGCCUGUCUACAAUGCCAUGGUCGAUGCAUUAUGCAAGUGCGGCAAAAUCGAGGAGGCGUAUCAUCUCAUUAUGAAAAUGGCUGAUCAAGGCCAAAGCAAAGAUGUUGUGACAAUUAGCAUACUUGUCAAUCACCUGACCAAACAUGUAAAUUUGGUGAGGCGUUUCGCUGCCGUGUAUACUCACAUAGCAAAAUUACUCCCAGCAAAAUUUCAGGAGGCAGAGAACAUCAUACAUGCAGCUUCAAUGGUGAAGUUGAGCUUGAUACCGUCGUGUACAAUACUUUUAUCAAGUCGAUGCUCUAGUCAGGUCUGGAUAAACAUCUUUUCGAACUGUGUCUAUGGCCUAGGAGGAAAGCUGGAUAAGGCUGCUGAAAUGUUUACUUCUGCACAAGAACUAGGCUUACCGAUCGAAGAGAAGAUAUACACAAACAUGCUUAACUUCUAUGGAAAGGCUGGGAGGCAUCAGGAUGCGUCUUUACUAUUCAAUAGAAUGAAGGAACUUGGUAUCAUGCCUGGAAAGACCAGUUUCAACUCCAUGAUCAAUGCCUAUGCUACUUCCAGGCUGCAUGAUAAAGCAGAGAUUGUUUUCCAAGAGAUGAAAUCACAAGGGCAUACUGAGAAAGUAGAUGCUACUCCAAAGCUGAGCCACCUCAUUUUCGCCUUUCUGAAGGAAGGCCAAAUAGAUGAAGCUCAGAGGAUCUGCUGCCAAAUGCAGGAGAUUGGUGUGGCUGUCGAUUUGGCCUGUUGCCGGGCAAUGAUGAGGGCGUACCUUGAGCACGGCCGCGUCGACGAGGGCAUAUCGCUCUUUGAGACAAUACGCAGGUCACUGAAACCUAACGGCUUCAUCCUGAGUGCUACAUUUCAACUCUAUGUGCAUUCAGGCAGGGAGCCUGAAGCUGGGGAUGUGCUAGAAGCCAUCGGUCUACAUGGUGCCUCUUUCUUGAGAAGUCUGAAGGGAUCUUCCAAGUUCAAUCUGCAGAUAUGGAGAUAUAACUUUUCUGGCGGUGGCAGGGCUUUGAAGCAGAUCAGAGAACAGCAAGUCGACCUCCGGCCACCUUCACCGGCAUCAGCAGCAGCACUUCGGCAAUGGCGAUCUUCCAUGCUGCUGAAGUUUGAGCAUACUAUCAUGGUAUUCUCAAACUUGGUGCGGUCACCCAGCGAGCGCCCUAAGAAGAAAGCCCUUCAUCCAAUGCCGCAAGGGAAAUGUUGGGGUUGGGGUUGGGGUUCAUGGCAUUGGAUCGACACGGAGAACAAAGGAAAGGAGGUGGUGGACAAGGGCAAGGACGUGGUGCCGCCCUCAGAGAUCGACACGGAGAACAAAGGAAAGGAGGUGGUGGACGGUAGGGUCACCCUCGAUCUUGGUUGGGCCACCUUCGCUGCCAUCCAUCCUAUCAAGAUAGGCUACAUUGUGACCUUCACGCUACUGACUCCCGACAGGCUGAAGGUCAUCGUCUUCAAUGACGAUGGCAUUGAAGUGGUAACUAGGUGCGGGAAGCAUGAUGAAGCCUUUGCCGUAAACGCCUAG